AUGUUGAGCAAACAUUGUAGUCGACACAAUGGAAUUCGUAUCUUCGUAUCUUACUCAGACUCGACCCCUCUUCCUGUCAUAUUCGCUGCCACCGAACUUCUAUCGUUCAAUUCCAUUGAUAUUGCUUCGAUGUUGAAUUUUGUUAACUUGUUGGUGGGUGGCGCAAAUAGCACAUCAGGUUUUGAAGCUCUUGCUCUGGUAUGUUUGUAUUGUACAGAACGGAGCGUGUGGAUUGAGCAGAGUGGAACCUUUUUUCGGCGAUCACUCAGUUAUUUUGGAACAAGUCUUUCGCCAUGUGUUGGUUUCAGCUCUGAAUGCCAGCGCGUCAAGACAUUGUACAGCCCGAUAGCUCGUCACUUUGUGCCUGCUUUCUCCAGAUCCUUAGAUUGGCAAUUAUCUGCCGAAUAUCCUCCCGUGGUGAAAUGCUCCGAAUGGAAACCUGUGGAACCUAUUUGCCUCGGGAAAGUAGAGUUGGCGCCAGCAAAUUUCGGCCAUGGACUUUAA